AUGCAGAGAAUAUUAGAGAAGAAACACUUCAGAAACAAACAGAAAGAGAUAGAAUACAUUUCGAAGAAAUUGCAAUCGUACGAUUGGAAAACGUACCCUCAUAGGUGUCUUCUUAUCUUAGAUGACUUUGCUUCUCAUCCUUUGUUAAAGAACAGAGAACAAGACAUGUGUCGAAUUCUUAAGAAACUUAGGCACUUUAACAUCUCAGUUGUCAUUUGUGUACAGACAGCAAAGAGUUUAAGUAAGGAUGUUAAAAGAAUACUUACUGACAUCAUACUUUUCCCUGGAUUGUCCGAAGACGAUUUCAUGGAACUUAUGAAAGAGUCCAUGGCAGGUAAGUUUGACAGACAUGAACUAUGGGAGAAGUACAAAGUCAUACAAGACCCUCAUACUUCUUUCAGAAUUCAUAUCUACGCGAACAAAGUUCAAAUUGUAAAAAGUCAAGCUUGA